CAUAUACAUUAAAAUUUAAAUAUCUCCCUCUAGACAAUCCAAGAGUCGCUAAUAUUUUAACCUUGUUAGUUUGGUGAUGAGAGACCCGGACAUGUCCUGUCUUUUUCAUCAUCAACACAAACAUCUCCAUUGUCAGAAAAAAUCAGUAAUAAUCAAACAUUUAUUUUUAUUUAUCAAUAGCGAACAUUAUGCAAAUUCAUAACAUAUAUUGUUUUCGAUUGCACUUUUGAAUAUCCAAGGUUUACAGGGAAGUGAUUUUUUAAACAACGAAGUUUUUUUUUUAAAGUUAAAGUUCUCUAGAAGAUUAUGUGACUGAUGAAUCCCAGUGUGACAUGUUGGUUUUUUUGUAUUUAUCAUGUUCUGAAUUUUCACGUGAACCUUGAAAUAUAAGUGAAUUUUAAAUGUUCGAAAAAUUGUAUUUGCAAUUCGUCCAAUUCAUUAUAGAUUCCGUUGACUUAUUAAUUCACAACUAAAAUAAUAUCUUCAUAUCUCAUUUGAUUAGAAGUUUUUCUCUUCAAUCCUAUAUCCCCGACUCGUAUUACUUGUCAUGUCUUUCACUGCGAAAUAUAUUGCUUUACAAAACAUUAAAAAUUUUCAAACCAUAAACUGUUUACCGCAAUCUCUAUGGAAUCAAAAUAUGAAAAAUGAAAGAGAUGUUGAUAUUAUAAAAGACGGAAUUCUCGAACAUAAGUUUCAGUUUUCGAAUUUAUAUCAACGAUGGACAGAGGCGGCGCGAAGGAGGUAUCCAAAAAUUUGAACAAUUAUAUUUUCCCAAAAUCGUUCGAAGUGAUCCAUCUCAUUUGGUCCCAAAAGUAGGGGAAGGUACGCUCUGCUCGUGUUGAUGAAAGAUGACCUCUAUACUUCAACACUCGUUUUACACUAUGUUUCACAAAGCGUUACGUGAUGUUCGGAUCAGGCUCAAAUUCCUCUCAUUAACGUUCCUAAAAAGUCAUUACACCUCGUAUUCAUAGAAAUAAGAAGGCCUUUCGACCAGUCUUGGUUUUUGCAUCGUGUCUAAACUAAAAUUUUUCUUUUGUAGACAACAUACUGCAGUUAAAAUAGCUCCACGUUAUCAUAAUGGUCCAGUUAUACAUGUAUUAGAUGCAUCAAAAAGUGUUGUUGUUUGUGGAAAGCUUCUUAAUAAAGAUAAAAAAGAUGAUUAUUUAGAAGAAAU